UCGUGAAGAAAAAUGGCGACUGUUUUAGAAUAUCAUUGGUGAAGAGUUGUUAAAAAUACACUAAAGCACAUUGCAUGUUUGCAUUAAUAUACAGGCAAAGAAAAUAGCGAACUCCUAGUUAUUGGAAUAUAUAACGUAAAAGUGGUUAAGAAUAUUUAGAAAUUCUAUCUAUUUGGGAUUUAGCUUCAAGUUAAAGGUGAACAGAUAUUACAUUUGCUAUGUGGAACCAAUGGGCCGCGGUUGCUGCAGCUACUCCAAUGCCACCUAUACCGGCACCUCAAUGUCCGCCGCCGCAACCACCACCACCAACAGCAGCACCGCCACCACCAUCAACUGCACCUCCGCCAGCUCCAGCAGAGCCAUCAACUGGCAAUACGGCAGCACCAAUAAUAGGACCAAUGCUUCCUUCCACCUCCACUGCAACAACCCCAUCUGCCCCACCAGCUUCAAGUGGUCCGUAUGGACAGUAUACUGAAGCGCAAUAUGCGGCGCUGACUCCGGAGCAGCAGUAUGCCUUGCAGCAACACUGGCAGCAAUGGCAAGCUUAUCAACAAGAAUAUGCUAAAUGGCAUGCUCAGUACGGUGAGCAGUAUAAAAGAGAAAUGGCAGCUGCCGCCGCGACCGGACAAACUAUGAAUUUAAAUAAUUACUAUCAGCAGGCUCCACCGCAGCCACAAAUACAAACUCCAACUCCAACUCAACCGCAACAGCAACAACCACCACCACCGCCGCCACCUGAUUCACAACAAGUAACUGCAAAAUUUACUGGUACGCCUCAGUUAUAUACACAACCGCCACCUCCACAGCUUCAGACACAGGCACUUGUUCAACCACAACCUCAAACUAUUCCUGUCAAUCAAGCUCCUCCUAAUAUGCAUCAACCGCCCCUUGGUGGACCGUUUCCAAAUAUGGGUUACCCACAAUGGCAACAAUCUUAUUCGCAGUCGCAACAACCGCAGCCAUUUAAUUACAAUCAACCACCCCCAACUUUUGCACAACAACCUCCGAAUUUUGGUCAAAUUCCAAAUUUUCAGCAACCACCACCAAUGGUUCAACCCCAAGCACCUCCACCAUCUCAACCACAAGCAAUGCCGAUUGCACCACCUGUGCAACAACAACCUAUACCUCCUUACGGUAAUCCAAACCAGCAAAAUCGUAGUGGUAGCAAUCAAAACACCAGCAACAACAACAAAAGUCAACCUAAUAUCGAUCGCAAUUUUAACGAUUCUACCGGACCUAAUCCAAAUAAUUGGGCCCCUCCUUCCCUUAACCAAGACAAUGAUGCCAACAAAAAUCUUGGUGGAAAUACUAGCCAAUGGAAUCCCAAACAAAAUAAAUUUGAUGGGAAUUUUAGUAAUAAUAGAGCCGGAAAUCAAUCCGGUCCAAAUGAAAUGGGCCCUAACAAUUGGCCUUCGCGAAAAGACGAUGGAGGGGAUUCAAAUGAUUACAAUGACAUGUCGAAUGAUGGGGACAUGAAUACUGCAUUCGAGGGCAACCGAAAAAGCCGCGACGGCUUUGAAAACAAAGGAAAUUCAAAUAAUCGUUGGGGUUGCGAAAAUUCUGACUCGGGAGAAAAUCGCAAUGAAAACUUUCCCCAAACUCGCCAAGGACCUCCUGGGAUGGGUAAUCAAUGGAAUAAUAAUAAUCGCAAUCAAGGUGGUAUGAAUAACUCCUGGAAUAAUAGCCCUUUUGAUUCACAAAAUAAUUUCGAAAAUGAUCGUAGAAAUGUGGGAAACUUCAACGACCAGAGGAACUUUUCUGGCCCUAAUGAUCAAAGUGGAGGAAAUCGCUGGGGUAAUAAUAGUGGACAGUGGGGUAAUAACAACAGGGAUCCCGGGAGCAACAACAAUUUCAACCCAGGACCAGGCGAAAGUGGUAGAAAUUUCGGUGGAAAUAACUUUAUGCAAGGGCCGAACAACAAUUUUCAUCAGAGAUUUGGUCAAAAUGAUCGGAACUUUGGGGGAAAUUUUAACCAAAGGCCGGGAGGAAAUGGCCGCGGUUAUGGACCAAAUAACAAUUCGAAUCAACAAUUUGGAAAUAAUGAAAGGAAUAUGGGCCCAAAUAAUCCUUUCAAUGAUGAUUCUAGAGACAAUUUUGCCGAAAAUAAAGAUUCCAAUGAUAGACGCGGUUCAAAUAAUCCUAAUUUUGGUAACAGAAAUAAUUUUAACAGAUGGUCGGACAACAAUGACCCCAAUUUCAGUCCAGGAAACAGUUUAAACACAGGUCCAGAAGGCAGUGGUAAAAAUAGUUCGUUUAAUCCCUUUAAUUCCAGAUCUCACUCGAAUGACCGAAACUUUGUACCAGGAGGCGAUGGGGAUAAUUUUGGACCUAAUAAUUUCAAUCAAGCAAAUCGUGGAAAUGGACGAAACCUCGAUCGCAAUGACAACUUUAAUCCGAGGUUUGGUUCUAACGAGCGUAAUUUUGGUCCAAAUAAUUUUAAUCGCAGAUCCGAUUCCAACGAGCGAAACUUGGGGCCAAAUAAUAUGAAAGAAAGAUCAAAUUCAAAUGAGCGCAAUUUUAAUAAUAAUAAUUUUGAUAGAAGAUCAAACUCGAACGAACGAGUUCGUGACUCUUUACCAACAAGUAGCGUAGGACGUCAAAUGGAUCGCGAAGAACUUCAAAGAGGCAGUGUAAAUCAAGGCAAUCGCGAACCGGAAAUACAAAAUCAGGGUCAAAGCCGAUUAGAAACAGACAACGGAAACAAAGCACAACGACCUGAUUUGGAUGAAAAGAGUUUCGAUCUUCAGUUUCAACGUUGGGAAGAACAAUUCCAACAAUGGAAGCGUGCAAACGCUAAUCACCCAGAUCGUGAGAUGUACAGGCGCUAUGAACAGGAAUUUGAAAAACAACGUCAACGAAUAAUGGAACGCCGUGAACAAAUGCGACAAAGAAAAUUGCAGCAAAUGGGUAACGAAGCUGAACCAGAUGAUAGUGAAUCUUAUGAUAAGGAUGAAAGGAUGGAUAAUAAACCUCCUAUUGACACAAAAAAACACCCAGAUGACGAAGAAGAAGAUGUUCGUAGUGAACAUGUUGGAGAAGAUGAGGGUUCAAAUCAGGCUUUGACAAAAGAGGAAAGAACAACAAUUAUGGACGCAGAGAUUAAUGCUGUUGAAGAAAGAGUUGAUAAGAAGGAAGAGGAGCAGAAACAGUUAGACGACGUACAGGAAGAAGUAAAAGAAGUGCCAGUAAAAGUUGAUUGCCCAGAAAUAGGUAAUGCAAGCUCUAAAAACAACGAUUUGCCAAUUGCUGAGAAAAAAACGAAUAGCUCUGUUAGCAGCAUAGGCAAGCGAAAAAGUCGUUUUAGUGCUCCUACCGAAAGUGAAAAAAAGCCUAAACUACAAGACAUUGCUCCCUCUGAAGUAAUUUCCCUUGUUGAUGAGGAAGAUAACACGGCCGCCGAAGUUCCUGGUCCCAUGUGUAGUAUUUUUGGCAAAACUGAGGGAAUACCAGGUCUAGAUUUGGUUGAAGGUUCUAGUAAAAGCGACAUUGGUUCCGUAGAUAAACCACCUUCGAAUACGGCGGAUGAGAGUGUUGAAAAUGAAUUGAAUGAGGCUCCAAAAGAAAAGAAGAAAGAAGUACAAAAUCCGUGCAACAAAAUACCUUCAUUAUUUGAUGUUGUAAUAGAGAAGCCGGCUGACUUCCCAAUACGAUCACCUAUUGGGGACAAUGACGAAGAUGAGAAUGAUGACAAUGAUAACGACAAUAGCGAAGAAAAUAUGCAGAAAGAAAACCCAUCAGGGCAACAAUUAAUACAUCCGAAUAUUUCCAACGCCAUUCCUAAUUUGGGUGAUGCUCUUAGAGAUCCCGCUUUUAUGCAGAAAAUUUCACAGGCAUUAGCUAAAGCUCAGGGUAGAGAAAGUGCAGAUCCAAGUUGUGCGCCGCCUCCAAAGUUUCUUCAACAAUUGCCCAUGUUACUUGAACAAUUACAGCAACAAAAGUCUAACUCCGAUGGGCAGCGGUCUAGUUUUGGAGGGAACGGUCCCAACAACUUUGGUGGAAAUGGCCCCAACUAUGGUGGCAAUGGCCCUAACUUUGGAGGAAUUGGUCCAAACUUUGGAGGGAUUGGUCCCAACUUUGGAGGAUGCGGUCCUAACUUUGGAGGAAAUGGGCCAAACUAUGGAGGUAAUGAUAAUGGGCCUAAUCGGAUGAAUUUUGGAGGCAACGGUCCCAAUUUCGGAGAUAAUGGGCAAAAUCGAAUGAAUUUCGGAGGGAACGGUCCCAAUUUUGGAGAUAAUGGGCCAAAUCGCCAGAAUUUCGGAGGGAACGGUCCGAAUUUUCGCGGUUAUGAUCCUAAUUUUGGAGGUAAUGAGCCUAAUUUCGGCUUUAAUGGGCCGAAUGGGGGAAAUGGUCCGAAUGGACCAAAUUUCAACAGAAAUGGACCAAAUUUCAACAGAAACGGGCCAAAUUUCAACAGGUUUGGUCCAAACGGUUCAAAUUUCGGCGGCGGUGACGGACCGAAUUUCCGAGGAGACGGACCAAACUUUAGAGGAGGCAAUGGGCCAAACAUGGCUGGUGGCGGUAAUGGUCCAAAUUUUGGUAGAAACGGACCCAACGAUGAUCGACGUAAUUUUGGCAGAAAUAAUAACAAUAUGGGAGAUAGAGAUAGCGGAAGGCAAAAUUUAUUCCGACGCGGUGGCGGCAAUGGCAAUAGUGGCCCCGAGGACAAAAGGAAACAAAGUGCAGGCGGUGGAGCCGAUGCUACAGGAACGGAUAACUCCAACUCCUCAUGGGUUGAAGGCCCCGGAAAUGGCAGAGAUUAUGGAGAUGACUUCUUUCGACCUGUCCAAGUAAUAGAUUAUCAAAAUAGCACAGUCUCCCGACCGAAAGUAAUAGAUUACGGGCAUAAGGGAUCUAGUGCUAGUGGUUCGCUUUCCAAUCCCUUUAAUACGAACGCCUUCAGUUUUACGGAUGAAUUUAAACCAGUAAAAACUUUUGACUACGGACAUUUGUCCAAUCCCGGGAUUAAUAGAUAUGACAACAAGCCCCCGAUUGUCAAUCCUAAGAAAAAAAAUAAGAAAAAGAAGAAGAAUUUUACGGCUCAACAAAAUCACAAUGCACCUCAAGAUGAUUGUGCAAAUGGAACGGCAGCGCCUAUUCCGGAGUAUCAGCAAGAAAACACUGAAACUGAGAAUAAGAGUGAGGACGAUAAUUCACAUCAAACUGCAAAUCCAACUGAAAGAAUCAAUUCCAAUGUAAGUUCCCCGAAAGGAACUAACGAAGAACUCGAAGAAAUAUCUGACAAUGAAGACAAUUUGGAAAACAAUCGUGACAAUGACUCCCCGGCACCACCACCACCACCUAUGCUCACAUCGAAUAAACCAUUUAUAUGUUCAGUACAACACAAUGCAACUGAGCCGACUCAUUCGCUUUUCCCUUCAACGGCGGCUGCUAAUGAGAACAUUCCGAAUAUUCCAAGUGGACAUGUGCAAAUGUCAUUUCCCAGUAUAGAAAACAAAAAUACCAUAACCGUCGACGAAAUACUGCUCAACCCGGGCCGUUUAACGCGACCCAAAAAGGUUUGUGUAAUAUUGCGUGGUCCUCCCGGAAGCGGAAAGUCACAUGUCGCGAAGUUGAUUAAAGAAAAGGAAAUAGAAAUGGGUGGGAGUAACCCACGCGUUUUGAGUAUCGAUGAUUAUUUUCUAAUUGAAAACGAUUAUGAAGAGCGCUGCCCGAAAACUGGCAAAAAGAUACCGAAAAAAGAAGUUCUGUAUGAAUAUGACGCCGAUAUGGAGGAGACAUACAUGCAAUAUUUGAUAAAAUCUUUUAAGAAAACAAUUUCAGAUAAUUUAUACGAUUUUAUCAUAAUCGACUGCAAUAACAAUUCGUUGCGCACUUUAAAUGAGUUUUAUUGUCACUCGAAAGAUUCUGGUUUUAUGCCUUAUAUUGUUGACUUGCUGUGUGAUUUGGAGACCUGCUUGGAUCGCAACACACACGACCGAUCUGAAAAGGAUAUUAAGGCAAUCAUUAACACUUGGAAGCCAACACCGUUUCACUACAUUAAAUUGGACGUGGCAUCCUUGCUGGAGAACCUGGUUGAAAUGGAGGAUGCAGAGGAUAUGGUGAUGGAUAAUAACAGCAGUGGCGAUGUGCCGGAUGAUAGUAAUUUAACGCAGCCGCAGGCGGAUAAUGAAACUGAAGAUAGCAAUGAAGCUGCUGAAACUAUGGCUAGUUUUGGAUUCUUAAAGAGCAAAUGGGAAAAUGAUACCUCAUCUGAGAACUUAGCCCGUUUGGAUGGUACAAAUAAAUUGAUGCAAAAGCGUAAGGCGGCAACAAUGGAAGAUUACCUGCAGAUAGACGAUUGGGAACCCCCAAAAACUAAUGCAAACGGAAAGAAACGCGUACGAUGGGCGGAUAUCGAGGAGAAGCGUGCACAGGAAAAGAUGCGUGCGAUCGGUUUUGUUGUUGGUCAAACAGAUUGGAAGCGCAUGAUGGAUCCAAAUGCCGGAAAUCGCGCGUUAAAUAAAACGAAAUACAUUGAACGAGUCAAUAAGAGGCGAUAGUUUGUGGGCGUAAAAGAUAUGCUAAAAGAAUGAGAAAGAGGAAUUAUGCAUUACGUACACACAAUUGAAUGUGUAUUUUUCAGAAUGUGCUUUUCACUCUAUAAUCCUUAAAUGUUUACUGUAGUGUAGUACAAUAUACGAGUAGUAGAGUAUUUUUAGAAAUGGUACAUGUAUUCGAACUAUAUCCAUUCUUAUGAUAUACACUCGCGGUCAAAAUAAUAAAUACACGACUACUUUUUUUUUGCGCCUCCAUAAUAAAAAAUUUCAUGCAUUCGGUAUAUGAAGGAAAUACACUACACCGUCAAGGGGAUUUUUUUUCUGAAAUCAAUGAGAAUUUCAAGCUAAAUCAAAAUUGCACUCUAUUUUAUUAAAAUUUAACGUGCCAUAAAACUUGGUUGCCUUUUAGUUUGAAAUCUAGUUGAAAUCUUCAUGAAAAUUUGUCAAUUUUUAUAGAUCUUUUACAAAGUUUUAAACUUUUGUUUAUUGUAAAAUGAACAAUGUUUUUAUAAAAAGUUAAUGAAAAUUAAAACAAAAAAAAUAAUAAGAGUAAGCAAAACUAUUCAAAACAUCGUGUAUUUAUUAUUUUGACCAUGGGUCUAUGUCAUAUAAGGUAAAAUCAGCAUUAUAAAGCAUUUUAAAUUUAAUUUAAGUAUUUUAAUUCAGCAGUGCUCAACAAAUUUAACUUACUGAGCUAAACGACAAGAACUUCAGUAAAAAAUAUAACAUACUUCCGCGAAUGAUCAAAAAUUGAUUUUUGAACCGCAUGUAUUUUGGUACAGAGCAAUGAUGAAACACUUAUUAAGCGCCUUUGCACCGCAAUAUAAAAAUACCUGCGUGCAAUACCUUAUGUUAGAGAAUACUGUUAAAAAAGAAAAGGAAAAUAAAUAAAUUAAAUGCGAAAUUCAAA